GUUCCACGCUGGACGCUUUCGCCGCCCACUUGACCAACGACCGCGCCCUGCCUGGCCUCCUGCAGAGGGCCAGGCGGGAGUACUGGGGCCUCAUGGACGCCCCGCCCCGAGGGGUGUACGUGUGGGACGAGCAGGCUGCUGCCGCUGCCGAGCAGGUGCAGGAGAGCUGCAGGCAGGGCGGCCAGCCGCCGAGGCCGCCGGGCGCCCCGGGCGCCUCGGGCUCUCGGGGCCCGGCGGUGGAGAUGGAGAUGGCGACCAUGACGGGAGGCCGGUCUGCGGCGGUGCAGCCCGCGCAGCAGCAGAUGGGGCGGCCGCCGCUGGUGCAGCCGCCGCGAGAGGUGAUGCGGCAGAGGAACAUGCAGAACAUGCAGCAGCAGGUGAUGCAGAACGUGCGGCCCAUGCAGCAGGCGGCGAUGCAGCCCUUCCAGCAGAUGGGCCAGCUCGGCCAGCAGUGGGGCGGCCAGUUUGACCAGCAGCAGCCGAUGCAGCAGCAGCCCUUGCAGCAGCGGCCCUUCCAGCAGAUGGGUCAGCCGCUCGCGGCGCCAGGCAACCAGCAGUGGGCGACUGGCAACCAGCAGUGGGCCCCGGGCGGCGGGCCGCUCGGCCGCAUCGGCGGUUGGUGAGAAGGCAGCGCAAGGGUGCGCCGCGGCUGGCCCCGUUCCAUCUGGCUGGCCCCGUUCCAUCUGGUCGCCUGGCGACCCCGACGCCGAAAUUCGGGGGAGGCCACAAGCGUGCACCGUGCCGGUGAGCGCUUCGCCCGCUCAGCGCCCAAAGCUGGGAAAAAUGGCUGGUGGCAGCCGUUCCAGUUGCUCGCUUUAGCCCUUGCCAAUCCCAGCUGGUUUCUUCAGCCUCUGCCGCUUCCACUUUCAUGGAACUUCCACCAGCUUUCAUGUUUACCAGCUUCUCUGUAGCUUCGCCAGCUGGCAGUAGGAGG